UGCACCUUAUCCCCCCGCUGCGCCUUAGUCUCUCCCUCGCUCAUUUCAUACAUAUUUGCAAUGUCGCAACCUGUUCUAGCAUUCGCUAAUCGAACUUUUAUCACGAGCUGCUCACCAUCUCGACUCGGCAUUCGCUUCUCCUGUGCUAGACUCGGGUCAUCCUGCACCAGAAGUGCUCACCGCAUUGCACGGCCUUUCCUGUCUACAGUCCCACCGCAUCCCCGCACAGACUCAGCGUCACUGUCGUCCCACGCCCACGCUCCUCUCGCCGCUGCAUCCUCGAGCUCGUUUCUCCGCCCAAGAGCCCUCCACUCCCGCCCUUCCGCAACCUCCUCCACCUCCGCCUCCGCUUCCGCGACUUCCGCGAUGGGGGAAACGGUGGAGUCCGCAAGGCCGCGCGUGCUGGUGGUGGGGAAGCAGCUGCCGCGCCUGGUGUCGGACCUGGAGCAGUUCGCGGCGCUCGUGCACCUGCCCACCGACGACAAGGCGGCGUGGGACGCGCUGCUGGACGCGCACGCGGGGGAGAUCCGCGCGGCGGUGACCAACAGCUUCUGGGGGUUCCCCGCGGAGCUGUUCGAGCGCCUGCCGAAGCUGGAGAUCAUCACCAACUUUGGCGUCGGCGUGGACUCAAUAGACGUGGCAAAGGCCAAGGAGAAGGGCAUCCACGUCACCAACACGCCGGACGUGCUCACGGAUGACGUGGCGGACCUGGCCCUGGGGCUGAUGCUGACUGUGUCGCGGCGGCUGGUGGAGGGCGACCGAUACGUGCGCGAGGGGCAGUGGGUGGCCAAGGGCAUGAUGCACCUUACGCAUAAGGUAUCAGGCAAGCGAGUGGGCAUCAUCGGUCUCGGGCGCAUAGGCAUGGCCAUAGCCCAGCGCGCAGCAGCCUUUAACUGCUCGAUUGCCUACUACAGUCGGAGCCAGCGCUCCGACGUGCCCUACGCCUACCACUCCUCGCCCGUCGACCUCGCCGCAGCAUCGGACUUCCUUGUUAUAGCCUGCCCCCUUACCCCGGAAACGACCCACAUUGUGAACACACCAGUGCUGGAAGCGCUAGGUCCAGCUGGGGUCCUGAUCAACAUCGCCCGGGGGAAGAAUGUGGAUGAGCCGGCGCUUGUGGCGGCCCUGAAGGAAGGGAAGGUGGGGGGUGCGGGGCUGGAUGUGUUUGAGGAUGAGCCGAAUGUGCCUGGGGAGCUGAUGGGCAUGGACAAUGUGGUUCUGCAGCCGCACGUGGGCAGUGGCACGUUUGAGACCAGGGGGGUCAUGGCGGAUGUGGCGCUGGAGAACCUCAAGGCGCACCUGGCAGGGCAGGCGCUGAAGACGCCUGUGUGAUGUGCUGAUGAUGGUGGUGGGGUGGUGCAGCUGCUGCAGCUGGUGGUGGUGAUGAUGUGAUGGAAACGAGUGAUUUUUUAUGUGCAUUGGGGGUUAUUGUGUAGAUACCGCUUAUCUUAGGUGCUGCUGGAACGCUGUGUUUUGAUUGUUCAUAUGAUUGCGCAAUAUCAUGUGUACUAAAAUUUGUCAAGAAAC